GUUAUGGCAGAUACAACUGAUGAAUGGGAACUAUCGAAGGAAAAUAUUCAACCAUUAUCAAAAGGACGAAGACAUGAUGUCCUUAAAGAUGCUCUGGCAUCUCAACCAGAUGAUUUAAAGGUACAACAAAGGCAACAGUUUGAAAAGGCUUUGCGUACAUAUGUUGGAGACGAUCCAUUAGGAAUUUGGUACACAUACAUAAAAUGGGUCGAACAAAAUUUUCCAAAAGGAGGAAUUGAGGGACAAAUUGAAUUACUUAUUGAGCGCUGUCUCACAAUAUUGAAAGAUGAAGCUAAAUACCGCAAUGAUGACCGAUUUAUUGAAAUAUGGCUUAAAUUUGCUAAUGACUCUAAUAAGCCGUUAGAGAUUUUUCCACUCAUGCAAAGCAAUGGCAUUGGUUGUAGAUCUGCUAGCUUUUAUAUUGCUUGGGCAUGGGAGCUUGAACAAGUUGGCAAUGACAAAAAAGCUAAUGAAAUAUUAACACUGGGAUUACACAAUAGAGCACAGCCAGUUUCAAAAAUGAAUUCGGCUCUUUUAGAGUUUGAAAGCAGAGUGGCUAAGAGAACGAAGUUGGGAUUAGAGUUGAAUGAUAGAGUAAAAGAUGAGCAUGUUAGGUCUGCAUUUUCUAUUCUCAAACCUCAAAAAAAAGUGCUAGCUCCUAUAUCAAGAGUAGGACAUUCUGUUGUAGAGCCAAACAGAACUAAUAUGACAAUAAAUAGACAGCAGCCUAUGCCAAAAAAUUCAAACACAUCAAAAGUACCUUUUAAAAUAUAUAAUGCUGAAAAUGUACCUGUCAACACUCACGUAAAAUCCGAAAACCCUUCUACUUUCGUUUUACAUUCUGAAAAUUUCAAGGAGAAUGAAAAGAAGGUUUGUAAAUGGAAUAAAGUAAAAGUUAAACAGCAAAUGCCAAGGGUGAGAUUACCUAGCACAAAUGAUACUGAAUUCAAAGUUCAUUGUGAUGAAGAACAACAGAUUGUUGCUGCAUCUAAAGUAAUUCACAAGCCAUCUAAUGUUCUGAGUGCUCGUAAAAGAAAUUAUGAUCCACCUAUAGCCCUAUUUGAACCUCCUGAUCCUAUGAAAAAACCUAUGUAUGAUAAGAGUAAAGUUUAUGGUGGUGCAGAAGAAUUUUCUUUUGAAGAAAUUCGUGCAGCAAAAUGGUUUGCGCAAAAAGAAAAACGAGAUAAAGAACUAAAGUUAGCAGAACAAGAACGGAAAAUUAAACAAUAUGAAGAAAAGGAACAUCAAAUGAAAAAGCAAAUAGAUUAUCUCACAGAGAAACUAAAAUACCUCCAAUCUAAAUUUCUAAAUGACCCAACCAAUGAUUUUUUCAAAAUUAGUAUGAUAAAUUUAUUGCAAGGAAAACCUUCAAGUUCAGAGAGUUAUAGUGAAGCUGCUGAUAAAAUUCAGGAAUUAUACAAUCGAACAUUGAAUUACUGCGCUGAUGAAACACAGAGAAAUUUAGAAGAACUAACUGAAAAUCUAAAACAAAUUUAUUCAGUAUGUAAUACAAAGAAUGCUUGUCACCAAUCAAAUGAUGAUGCAGAAAGUAUUUCUCUUCUCAAUAAUGUGCCUCAAAUAAAUAAGCCAACUACUCCGUACAUAUUUUACCACGAUCCUACAGUAGUAUUAAACCAGCCUAAUACUAACCUACAGGCAGAUGUUAUGCCAAAAAGCAAAGAGAAUUUAAGUAAUAAGGGCCAAGCAACUGUUCCUCAAAUGAAUAAACCUACCACUCCAUACACAUUUUUCCAUGAUCCUUCAGAAAAAUUAAAUCAGCCUAAUACUAACUUGCAGCCAGAUGGUCUGUUAAAAAACAAAGAAAAAGUAGAUAAUAAGUUAAUGGACCAAGCAACUGUCCCUCAAAUGAAUAAGCCAACUACUCCAUACAGAUUUUCCCAUGAUCCACAAGAAAAGUCAAAUCAACCUAUUGGUAAUUUUCAAUCAGAUGUUCAGUCAAAAAACAUGGAAAACUUGAGUAAUGAGUUAGUGGACAAAGCAAUUGUUCCUCAGAUAAAUAAGACUGCUAUUCCAUAUGUAUUCUACCAUGAUCCUGCAGAAAAUAUAAAUCAGUCUAAUUAUAAUCAGCAAUUAAAUGUUCGGCUAAAAGGCAAAGAAAAAUUAAAUGCUAAGCCAAUGAAUAUAAACACUACUCCUCAUAUAGUAGUUUACAAUGAUUCUCAAAAUGUGAUUGAUAAUGCUGUACCUUUGCAAGUUACUUCUGAUGAUAAAACAGUUAAAACCACUGAGGCAAAUGUCAUAGAAGCAUCAUGUCAGGAACUUCGUGAUUUAAAUAACGAUGAUCUUGAAAAUAUUCCACCUAAAGGAUACAUUCAACAUGUUGAAAAUAGAGAACUAGCAGGCAUCUUAGAACCAUCCAAAAAUAUUAUGUUUAUACCUUUAGAAUUACAGAAAAUGGAAGAAGGCUCUGAUACAGAUGAUGAGAUCGAACAGGAAGCUGUAAAACCACAUUUUCCUAAUGAACAAACUCUGGUGCUACCUUGCAAUACUCAGCAUUUUGCAGCAUCAGCUUUUGUUUUUUCAACUCCUUGUGCAACUGCCAAAAGGCAUCCUAGUAUGAUCUAUUCGAAAACAGAAAAUUCCAUGCCUGAAACUGUAAAUUCUGAUCUUCAAAGUCAUGAAAAUUUAGAGAAAAAAGAAAUGGAAAGUGCAGUUCAAAGUGUUCCAUUUAAAAGUGAAAAGAAACGUGUCGAUAAGGAUCGAAGUACUUUUCCUAUGUUGCCAAAUUCUCAUUUGAGUGUAAUAAUGGAAAAUAGUAGAGAAUGCUAUAGUAAAUCAUCUUCAUCAUCCAGUAGCUCAGUUAAUUCAACAAAAAGUAUAAAAUCCGACAAAUAUUAUAGCUACCAAAGCAUGAAUCAGAAGCAUCUUUCCAAACUAGAAACAUUAAAAGAGCCAGAUUCAACUCCAUUAAGUUUAAAAUGUAAUUUUAGUGACAAUAAAAAAGAUGAUAGUUUUCUCCAACGUAAUGAACUCCCUCCUGGGCUUGAGUAUUUUGAAACCAGAGAACUCAUUGACCCUUUUGAUGAACAGUUAAAUAACUAUUUUUUGAAAUUUAUAGACAUUGAAAAUGAAUGCAGUAAUGUGUUUUAUUGCAAGCAAUCAGUCAAUUCUGUUAAAAUAGGAGAAAUAGUUCGAGCAGGUGAUGAAGCUUAUAUGGUUCAAAAUCAUAUUUGUGAUGGUGCAUAUGCAAAAGUUUAUGAAGUUAAAAGUGACAUAGGCAGUUCAAAUUCUCGAGUGGCUAUUAAAGUCUGCAAAAAUGCAAAUGAUUGGGAGCUGUAUAUUUGCAACAAAUUAUGUAAAAGAUUGAAAAGAAGAUCUAGCAUUGAUAUUACAAAUUCAGUUACUCAGAUAAUAUCUGCUGUUAAAUACAAUGACGGUAUUGUUCUUUUUCAAGAAUAUUGCCCUUCAGGAACUUUGCUCGAUGUUGUCAAUAAGCAUCAACCUGAGCACUUUCCUGAGCGUAUUGCUAUGUAUUUCACAUUAGAACUGCUACACAUAGUACAUGAAAUCCAUAAAUGCAAUAUUAUUCAUGGGGACAUAAAGCCAGAUAAUAUUCUUAUUACAAACACUGCCUUCAGCUUAGAAGAUGUGGAACAUAUUUCCAAUAGGACUGUUUCCCUGCGCCUGGCAGAUUUUGGUAGAGGGAGUGAUCUUAAUCUGUUUGAGAAAUUAUUCAAUCAAAAGAUAUGCUUUAAUACUAAGUUGGCUUCGGAAUCAUUUCGCUGUCCGGAAAUGAGAGAUGGCAAACCUUGGGUUUUUCAGCUUGACUGGCAUGGAGUUUUAUGUUGUGUACAUGUGAUGCUAUUCUCUAAGUAUAUGGACAUUAAAAAAAAUGAAGCGGGUAGAUGGACAAUUAAUAGAAAGCUCAAGAGAUAUUGGCAUUUACCACUAUGGGAGCCUCUGUUUGACACAUUGCUAAACUUGCCCUCAUCUUAUGUAGAACCAGACAUAAAACCAUUUACAACUUUAAUUAUGGCAAAGUUGCAGCAGAAUGCUUACAGUUUUACGUGCCAACUACAGAAACUUACAAAAGCAACGAAGUGAUCCUUCAUUUCACUUUCUGAGACAUAAAAUGCAAGAUGAUAAAUAAUCUCUCAACAUACACUGCAGAGUAUAUGUUUUAAUAUUUAAUUUUCUAAACUGUUCUUAUUGAUGAAAUUAGCACAUUUCUUACACUUGAAUGAUUUCUGUUAUUUUUCAUGACUUAGGCUAAGAUUAGGCUAUUUUCUUGCUUAAAAGAUAGCACAAUAUAUUUAUAAGCUUUAAAAAAUACUUUAUUUUCAGUUUUCCUCCCUUAAAAUAAGCUGCUCAAUUUGUGAUUAUAAAAAGUUAGAUGUCUAUGUUAGUGUAGCUUUUUAGAAUUCAUAUUGUGUGAUUUUUUUAUUUUGUAUUUGAAAUGUUGAAUUUUUAGCAAAACACUUUAAAUUUCACUUGAAAAUUUAUUUUUUAUCUGUAAAUAAA